AUGUGUUCGCUCUGCAUAAACCUACAUCGUACUCAUGAAUGCCGAAAAUUUUCUACGCCUGGUCAACUCUCCAAACGAGUGGUAGAACUAAAAUUAUGUUUUCUGUGCUUGAAAGAAGGACAUAGAUCAAAAGAUUGCAAAGCUUCACAAUGCUUUAAAUGCAAGCGAAGAAAUCAUCCAGCAUUAUGCUCACCUACAAACAACACGGGCAAGAAAGUUACGAGGAACAUACCAGCAAAUCAAGCAAUAAUGAAUUGUCGUCCUUUGACUGUAUGCAGCCAUUACGACCUAUGGAUUUUCUCAGCUCACAAGGGAUACGCAGUAUCUCCACUACCUAUUCAACGAGAAGAACCGUCAACAGAUUCGCAUAAUCGAGAUUACCUGUUGAACUAUUGGAAAGAAGGUGCAACAAUAGCAGAUAAAUUCUGGGAAAAGGUGGCAAACGCAAUACCUUCAAACACUACGCAAACAAAGAGAACAUAA